AAUAGCUCACAUUCUGACCCAAGCAGUACAGCUAGUACACCAACUUUCCCUAGUGUUUCAAAACCUUUUUUAAAAGGCAUCACAAAAAGCUUUUCAAGUGUAGUUGCUGGUACAAAUGCCUCAAGCACCACCACCAGAUCACGCACUAUAUGGAAUAGUAGUAUUGGCAACACUUCAGCAAAGAAAAUAGCUUCAGUGUCAGACUCAGGUUGGGUAAAAAAUUCAACCCAGAAGCCUUCUCAGCAGUCAUCACGAGGUGUUGUAAAACUGUCAAACCAGUCUCAGCCAGACAAAAAACAACCAGAGAAAAACCAAGAGAUGUACGGCAGACCUUUUGAUGAAAUGGCUACCUAUGAAGAUGAAGAUGUAGGAUUUAUUUUGCAGGAGUCGACUCAUGCCAACUCAUUAGAAAAAAGCACAUCAUCUGAAUCAAGUGUAGAUUCGUUAACAAAUUCAAGCCAUGCUUCCUCCAUUCAGUCACUCUUGGGUGUUAAUGAUGAUGCUUCAACUCAUUCUGAUCUAGAGAAAAAGCAAGAACUAGUCAGCAGCACUUCAGAUGAAAGAGCUAACUUCGAAGACAGUGAUGAUGGAUUGACAAGCCUCCAGUCUCAUUCCAACUCAUCAGAAAAAAGCACCUCUUCUGAGUCUAGUGUAGAUUUGUUAACAAAUUCUAGCCAUGCAUUCUCCAUUCAGUCACUCUUAGGUUUCAAUAAUGAAUCUUCAACUCAGUCUAAUCUAGAGAAAAAGCAAGAACUAGUCAACAGCUCUUCAGAUGAAAUAGCUAGCUCUGAAGACAGUGAUAUUGGAUGCUCAAGCCUCCAGUCUUAUUCUAACUCAGCAGAAAAAAGCACAUUUUUUGAAUCAAGUGAAAAGUUGAUUACAAAUUUAAACCCUGUGUUCUCCAUUCAGUCUAAUCUAGAGAAAAAGGAAGAACUAGUCAGAAGCUCUUCAGAUGAAAGAGCUAGCUCUGAAGACAGGGAUAUUGGAUGCAUAAUGUCACCAAACCAUUCCUCUCAACCAGAUGUGAACUGUCACGUGAUGAAUGCGUACAUUGAUGUUGCUUGGCAUAAUUUUGUCAACCAAACAGAAGCUUUCUUCCAAUCUCUACAAUCUGAAUUUUAUGGACAACAAUCAACUUAUCCAGAGUUUAAGAUAGAGCAAGAGCUAGUGAGCAGCUUUUCAGAUGAAAGAGCUACAUCCGAAGACUGUAAUGCUGAAUGUACAGGUCUGGAAGCGAUUGGACCAAUUGAUUUGAGUUUCAGGCCACAGUCCCAAUCCACUGCUUCAGAACAAUUAUGUAAUCAUAAUUUACAAGACUCCCUGAUAAAGUCACCAAACAAUAAUUUGGUGGUCUCUCUGCCUAAUGAGAUGACCUCUCCAGUGAUGAAUGUUGACGUCAAUGAUGCUUGGGAUGCUCUUGUAAACCAAACACAAGCUUUCUACCAAACUGUUGAUGGCCUACAAUCAACCCAUCCUAAGCUUGAGGAAAAUCAAGAUGAAAGAGUCACCUAUGAAGAUAGUGGUGUUGUAUGGACAAGCCAGGGAGCAAUGACAUCAUCUGACAUGAGCCACAAGCCACAUUCCACCUGUUCAGAUCAAUUAGAAAUGCUAUGUAUAUCUAUACAAGACAACCUUUUAAUGUCACCAAACAAUCCCUUGGCCAGCUCUCUACCAGAUGAGAUUACCUCUCCAGUGAUAAAUGCUGACAUUGCUUACACUACGAGAUUCUUUGAAAACCUGCUUCAUCCACAAGAUUUUUGUCGCACACCUGGUAAAAAGAGAAACACUGCCAUGACUGACAACAGUACAGAAGAAAAAGGAUUUGGUAACCCAUUUCACAUUCCAGCCUUUGACUCUCCAUUUCCUUAUAGUGACAGAGUGAGGAAAAAUUCAUUGAAUCAGAAUACUCUGGCCAGCAGUGUUGGACAGUCAGACAUUUGCCUUAACCAUUCCAUUGUUUUUGAAAGUCUUCAGCAGGAGCUGGAAGAUGAAAAAGAUUUGCGCCAGGCUGCUGAGAGAGAGGGUUCUACAUCACUUAAAGUGGAAAGAACAAUAUGGCUCGAAAAGUUGAAAAAUGUUGCGCUGAAUAAUAUUAAGAAUCUUGAUGAGUUAGUUAUAAGGUACUUAUAAUGUUAUGUUGAGGAGUUAGUUAAAAGGUACUUAUAAUGUUAUGUUGAGGAGUUAGUUAAAAGGUACUUUUAAUGUUAUGUUGAGGAGUUAGUUAAUGUUAUGUUAUCUACCCUUCCUCCCUUCCGAUGUUCUCCAGUUCAGUUAGUUUACAUGUCAUUGAGGAAAUGCUCUCCCCUCAUGCUGGUAAUGACUUCACUCCACGUCCACAAUUGUACUGUAGGCCUACUUAUCAUGUUAAUCUUGGCUGGGUUUAGAAAAAACAUUUUCUAGUGAGCUAGGUCUGAAAAGGUAGAUCAGAGGCAAAUUAUACCAACAUAAAUGAAUUGGACCAUAAUGCGCUGAGCAUGAAAGAUGUGCUAUAGA